AUGAAGUUUACCCGACGACUUAUCGAUGUGAGCUAUAAACGUUGUGAUACCUUACACGCUCGGUCAGAAAAUUUACUAGUUCUAAGAACAAUACGUGCAUGCUACCAUCGGGAUCCCAGUCAACCCCUGCCCAGUGCGUACAACAGCUCCGCCGUCGAGGAGGGGACGUAUAAAUGGUGGGAAGAGACGGGUAUAUUCAAACCGAGGAAAGUGGGUACAAAUACAAGCACAAAUACAGAAUGUAGUGAGUUCUCGAUGCUUCUCCCGCCACCGAAUGUGACAGGAUCGCUUCACAUCGGGCACGCCCUCACAGGGAGUGUGCAGGAUGCGAUUGUCAGGUGGAAGCGUAUGGGAGCUUCUUCCACUCCAUCAUAUCGAGAUUGGAAUCGAGCUUAUAACACAGUUGUCCAUGUAGGUAUUGGGAGAAAAACGCGUUUGAAAUUCUCAAAUAGUAGACGGAUACAAAUACAAUCCCGCGUCUUCGAGUGGAAAGAGCUAUAUGGUAGCACAAUACACAACCAACACCGGCGUCUUGGACUUUCGCUCGAUUGGAGCAGGGAGUACUUCACGCUUGAUCCGCACCACUCGAGUUUGGUGAAGGACACCUUUGUGAAGAUGUAUGACGACGGUAUCAUAUACCGCGAUAUGCGAAUGUGCAAUUGGUGCGUCAGAUUGCAGACUGUGAUUUCUGACAUCGAGGUCGACUCCAAGGUGAUAGAGGGCCGUGGUAGAGUCAGUGUACCUCGAUCGUCCGAUCAAGCUGGCGCAAGUGAAGGCUUGAGAGAAGUAGAGGUAGGCGUUAUGCACGACUUUGCCUAUAAAUUGGCGGGGAGCGACAGCGCAAAAAACGGAGGAUUGGAUGAGCUGGUGGUAUCCACCACACGAAUUGAGACAAUGCUCGGCGAUGUGGCCGUGGCAGUUCAUCCCGACGAUAAGCGAUACAAACACCUACACGGCAGGCACGUCGUGCACCCAUUCACAGGCGAGCAACUGCCCAUCGUUCUAGAUGAAGAGCUUGUGGAUAUGGACAAGGGCACGGGCGCGGUGAAGAUAACCCCAGCUCACGACUUCAACGACUAUGCUUGUGGUGUGAAGCAUGGUCUAACGUUAGAACGGAAUGUUCUAGAUAGAGAUGGCAAGAUUGUCAAGAAUCUAUUGGAUUCAGCUGGUCUGAAGUGCUCGGACCGGUUUGAUGCUCGAGAGGAAAUAAUUCAAAUCUUAAAAGAUAAAGAUCUAUACCGAGGGUCUAAGGAUCACGCCAUGGUGCUUCCACUAUGUUCUCGUUCUGGUGAUAUUAUUGAGCCGAUGCUUCUUCCCCAAUGGUAUGUAAAAGCCGAAAGUCUGCAGAAGAUCGCAAGGGAAGUGGUCGCAUCUGGAAUGACGAAAAUAAGCCCAUCUAGAUACGAGAAAGAUUGGUUUAGGUGGGUGGAUGAUAUGGACGAAUGGUGCAUCAGUCGGCAACUAUGGUGGGGCCAUCGAAUACCCGCAUACCGAGUUAUAGGGAAUCAGCAGCAAGAGCUCGGUUGGGUUGCGGCGUCGACUGAAGCGGAAGCCCAUCGCAAGGUGCAAUCGGGGAGCGUACGGCUUAGUACAGGAUCAUUUACCGAUGUUGAGUCAUCUGCAGAUCAUAGCCUUCCGCAGUAUACACUCGUUCAGGAUGAGGAUGUAUUGGAUACCUGGUUUAGUUCUGGCCUGAUUCCAUUGUCUGUAACUAGCCGGCAAGGUGACCAAGAUGUCAGCUAUCCUACCGAUGUUUUGGAAACAGGAUCGGAUAUUUUGUUUUUCUGGGUAGCGAGGAUGGUGAUGCUUUGCAAAUAUAGUACUGGGGAAAGUCCAUUCAAGGACAUCUAUCUGCAUCCAAUGGUCCGCGAUGCACAAGGUCGUAAAAUGUCCAAAAGUUUAGGCAAUGUGAUCGAUCCCGUGGAUGUGAUUAAUGGUCAGACGUUGUCUAAUCUUAUUGAUCGUGUACAAACAAGCAAUCUUCCGGCGACAGAGCGGGCCAACACUAUUGAAAGUUUGAACAAGGGAUACUCUGAGGGGAUACCAGGUUGUGGAGCCGACGCAUUGCGCUUCACGCUAUGUGAGUAUAUGCAACAAGGCAGCAGCAUCAAAAUGAGUGUCGAGCGCGUACAACACAAUGCCAAAUUCUGCAACAAAAUUUGGCAAUUAGUUCGAUUUUAUGACAGCAGACGGCAAAAAAAAGACCAAAACUCGGACACAAGUGUGGUGGGUAUACCAGCGUUACAGGCUAUACAACAGUCCAUCUCCGAGGCACAGCUGCCCGAACAAUGGAUUCUGUCGCGCACGGCCAACACAGUUAAGGAUUGCAACAAAGCGCUAGAUGAGUACAAUCUGGGCGCUGCCACCCAGUCGCUGAUGCGCUUCGUUUGGUUCGAUUUGUGCGAUGUUUAUCUGGAGACCCUCAAGCUGUCUCAAAACGAUCCAGGUACCUUUGAAGGCCAAAAUGCGAGUACAUCUUCGGUAGCCGUAUUGAAUGUCUGUAUUGUGAACUCUCUCAAGUUACUGCACCCCUUUAUGCCGUAUAUUACGGAGGAGCUAUGGCAACACGUUGCUUUUGUUCAUGGAACUGAUCACAGCGGCAUAGCUGGAAAAUGCGGCUUUGAAUCGAUAAGCCUACAAACAUAUCCGAUCACGACAGAAUUUGAAGCAUUUGUUUCGCCGACCGCCGAGGCUGACAUGGCGCUGUCGAUGGCUAUAGUAAAGGCUAUUCGAGACAUGAGACAAAGUUUCCAAUUGAGUCCGAAAAUCCAGAUCCCUGUUACUUUAAGCUGCUCGUCAGAUGUUGUCGACUCAGUCAAAUCGAAUGGAUCAUUCGUGUCUGAUAUGUCUAACAUCACAAUCAGAGGCAUUGAGCUAUCCACCACCAAUCAAGCUGAUAGCGUCGGAAAGCUCGUCCGACUCCCAGUCAACGAGGCUUGUUGGAUAGAUGUUGAUCUGCAAGAUCUACCUCAAGACUUUACAAAGUUGAUAAAAAAAUUACAAGGGCAGCUGCACGGAGUGAACAAGAAAAUCAUGAAGUUGGAGAAAGCAGUCGGAGCCGGAAGUGCUGCUGGCAAGAUGCCUGCUCAUAUCUUCGAGGCCAAAUCUAUCGAGCUAGACGGCUUGAAGGAGCAGAGGAUAGAAAUAGAGGCCACGUUACGGGUCACCUCUGGAACAAAUUGAACUCCAAGAUGAUAUGGGUUAUGAGAAAGCUCCUAACUCCAUCUGGCCAGAUUCCUUAUUUAGAUCGCAUGGGGGUGUUGUGCGGCUGUCAUUAAAGAAGCGAAGUUCUGAUCCAUUGGUCCCAGCUCAGUCAAUGUCACAAUCGUACACCUAACAGAGACGACGGUGACUGCCUGGCGGCUAAUAUUACCAGCAUUCGCCGCGACAGCCACAUUUGGUUGCCAUAGUUUAGCAUAUGUGGCUUUUAGCGGCGAUCGCGGAUGUUAGGGGGCCAGAGUGGACUUUGACAUUGGCGGACACGUCUUUGUAUAUUUCAAGGUUCAGAAUGCCUUCUCAUUUCUUGACAUCAAGCCAGAAGCUAUUCACAAAGUUCCUGCCUAAGUUUAUACCUGUGCGUGUAUAAGAGAGCGUUUGGCGUGAGAAAUAACACUGAAAACACGACAAGGGACGAAGAACGCAUGCAAUCCGACACCAACUCGGCUGUUGUAUAUAAUGAUGCAAGGGCUUACUUCACGAUAGGUACUUGGCAAGCUUAUCUGGACGCUGUAUUUUCAUUCCAGGGAUCUGCUUUCUGUAGGCGUUCGACAGAGAGUAUAAACUCUGCUCUAAAACUGUUGGGAGUAAGCGAGCAUGUUAAUUGGAUCACAAGCGUUGUAGGUGGUUCCGUUGAAGAUGGUUUCUGUAGUCAACCCGAGACAACUCAUUUUAGUGUGUUGAACUCGUACCCAUCUACAUAGGUAUAGGCGGUCUAUAGUUAUAACCACUAGUGUUCCUCUGUAUAUUUUCUAAAAUAGAUUCCUAAGCAAUCAAGAUUUAUAAAAUCGCUGUGGUAGACAGAGAAAUUGCCAAGUCGCUCACCUUCUAUCAUAGCAGUUGCUUGUCGUUUC